AUGCGGUUGCUAGGUCUCCUCGCUGUGCCUGCUGUGGUGCUCGCCUUCCAGUUCCCGUUCAAAGUUCCAUUUCUCAAAAACAAACUUGACGACGACGUCACCGCUCCUGCAAGGAUAGCAAUCAUCGGUGCUGGAGCUGGCGGAAGUUCUGCUGCUUUCUGGAUCUCCAAGGCAAAGGAGCGUUUCGGACUUGACCUUGAAGUCGAUGUAUAUGAGAGUUCCUCCUACAUUGGUGGCCGUAGCACCGUCGUCUACCCUUACGAUGACCCAAGCAAUUAUCCUCCCGUCGAACUUGGGGCAUCCAUCUUCGUUGCUGCCAACAAGAAUCUGUGGAGAGCGAGCGAGGAAUUCAACUUAACAAGGACACAGUUCGGGGACGAUGAUGCAACUAUGGGUGUGUGGGACGGUGAACAGCUACUUGUUUCUGUCGGGGGAAGUUGGUGGGAUACGCUCAAACUGGUAUGGAGGUACGGCGUGUUGUCUCCCAAGCGAACCGAAAGCAUCGUCGAGCAAAUGAUCAAGCAGUUUCUCAAAUUCUAUACUGCAGAGUCUCCUCGGUGGGACAACAUAACGGACUUGGCCUCCUCCCUCGGUUGGACUGAAUUUGUGUCUCGAAGCACCGCAGAUUUCUUGGAGUCGCGUCAUAUUGGCAGGAACUAUGUUCGUGAAAUAGUUGAAGCAUCGACGAGAGUGAAUUAUGGACAGAAUGUUGACGCGAUUCACGCUCUUGAGGGCGCGUGCUCCAUGGCUACUAACGGUGCGGCCUCCAUCAAGGGCGGGAACUAUCAGAUAUUUGAAGCAUUUAUACGCGCUUCAAACGCGUCACUGAAUCAUGAGACGCAGGUAAACGCCAUCACUUCGAAGCCAUAUGCGUCCACCUCGCAGGCGUGGACCGUACACAGCGACCAAGGAAGCAAGACAUACAAGGCCGUGAUUCUUGCUGCACCUUUCCAUUCGACUGGAAUGACCAUAUCCCCUUCGCUAACUUCUCAAGUUCCUGAGCAGCCUUACGUUCGUCUUCACGUUACUCUAUUGUCGACAACCUCGCCCUCGGUCGAUCCAGAGUACCUUAAUUUAACCCCAACGGCUACCCCCCCAAGUAUGUUGUUGACUACAUAUGAGGGUGCACGAAAUGGUGGCAAGGAGCCUGAAUUUAACUCUAUUUCGUAUCACGGUAAAAUCUCAAAUGAUGAAUGGGUCGUCAAAAUUUUCUCCCAAGAAAGGAAAUCAGAUGAGUGGCUGCGGAAGGUGUUCCGUGGUCAGGUUGGCUGGGUACACCGCAAAGAGUGGGACGCUUAUCCUGUCUUGCCACCCACAACAACAUUUCCUCCCGUAAAAUUAGACUCUGGUUUCUAUUAUAUUAAUGCCUUUGAACCGUUCAUUUCAACGAUGGAAACGGAGACGAUCGCUUCACGAAACGUCGUUGACCUCAUGCUGAAUGAAGAGUUCAGUUCAAGUAUAUGCGGACCCAGAAUCUCUGCCUCAUCAGAGAGACAGCUCUCCCUAGGCGAAUACUACUUCCCAUCUCGCUAUCCUGACAACUUUGUUUUGGGUUGGGAUUGUUAA